AUGGCCACAUCCCCCGACGCAGAGCCUUCGCGCGUCGGCGCUGAACCACCACCCAUCCCACCCGACCUGGUCAACUUCCACACCAUCUACGGUUACCGCGUAGAACCGUUUCACCGCGACAAGGUCCGCACAAAACUCGGAAUCUCACAAGACGCCGACUUGUCAGUCUCACAGGCUAUCUACGACGCCGCCUUCGAUGCCGGGCUGUCUACAAUUGGGAUCCCGAUGUGCAAUGCCGACAUCAACGACUUGGUUGAAGGCAUUGAUGGCCCGCAAAUUAUCAUUCUCGCCAAGAGGAGACUGUAUGGGGACGGCUCGGAUUUUGUGAAGGACAUGCGCCCGUAUGGGGGAGAUUUCGAGAAGUGGAAGGAGACGUUGGGGCUGGAGGGGGAUCCGACGUGGAUGGUGGACGUGCAAGAAUACCCGAUGCCACCGAAAAAGUGGCCUAUGCCGGAGGGUUUCAAGUUCGAUUACGAGGAUGAUGACCCACCCCCACCCGCGGAACUGCGUGCAACCUCAAUGCGCGAACGCUUCACCGCUUUGCUACUCACGCCUUGGCGCAUAGUGGGCUAUCUUUGGUACACAUGGUAG